CAUCGAAUCGAUUCCGAAGGCCCUUCAUAGACUUUCCUAUAAUUAUCCAAAUCCACGACACCGCCCCAAAAUCCCGCCGCUAUUCCCAUAAUAAGAGAUCCUUUUGCAGUCCCAUCCAAUCCUCGGCGGAGCGGCAGCAAAUCCUCGUUUAGUCCGUCUGCGGCGGAGGAGAAGAUUUGGGGUUAAGAUGGGGAAUCCGAAGCAGAAGUGGACCUCCGAGGAGGAGGAGGCGCUGCGGGCCGGCGUCGCGAAGCACGGCGCCGGAAAGUGGAAGAAUAUCCAGAGAGACCCCGAGUUCAACCACCUCUUGUUUGCUCGCUCCAACAUUGAUCUCAAGGAUAAAUGGCGGAAUUUGAGUGUAGCAAAUGGACAAGGAUCUAGAGAUAAAGCAAAGAUACAAAAAGUGAAGACUGAUGGGCCAGCUACCCCAUUGCCUGUUGCGCAGGUCACUACUCCUGUUGCUUCUUCAUCACAAACUACACCAGUAGAUGUAGUAAUGUCAGAUUCUUCAAAGAGCCUGCCUGAAGGAAAUAAUGCGGCCAAGUACAAUUCCAUGAUAUAUGAAGCAUUGUCGACACUAAAAGAACCAAAUGGAUCAGAUGCUAGUGCAAUAGCUACUUAUAUUGAGCAAAGGCAAGACGUUCCACCUAAUUUCAAAAGGUUAUUGAGUUCCAGAUUAAGAAGACUGGUGCAACAAGAAAAACUUGAAAAGGUUCAUAACUGCUACAAGAUCAAAAGAGAUAAUCCGCAUAUAGACCCGAGAAGUCUCCCUACAAGACAGAAAGACACCAGGCCCAGGCAAGUCCAAGGAAUCGGGUCUCUGGGAGACACGCUCGAAGAUGCAGCGGUGGCUGCUGCCUACCGGAUCGCGGAAGCCGAGAAUAAGUCGUUUGUGGCUGCAGAAGCCGUAAAAGAAGUGGAAAGAGUUUCCAAACUGGCUGAAGACAUGGAGGCCCUCCUCCAAUUCGCUACCUACUGUCACGAGCAAUGUGCGUCUGGUGAAAAAAUACUGUUGAGAAUGUAGGGUGCAUCCUGGUGCGUCGCCCCCCUGGUUGGUCUCCCGCCUUUUUUUUUUCUUUGAAUGUGUAUAUAGGUAGGAAUUUGAAGCUAUGUAGGGCUGGAUAAUUGCAAGAUUUUUGAACCAUUUUUAUUUAAUGUUUGAUGUAGAAAUUUGUCUAAAAGUUUUGGAAUGAAUGUGGUUAAGAUGUGGUGAUGUUAAAUGAUAACUGUAGUAUCUCUGAGAUUGAUUUGGUUGUCUUUGUCUUUGUUUUCUAUUUUUAUUAUUUAUUGAAUUGAUGUUAGUGAGUGAUUUUA